CUCUCUAUGGUGCCGGCGGCUGCCCGGCGCGGCCGGCACCGGAAGCGGCGGCGGCUCCUCUCCGGUAGUGCCUCUCUAUGGCGGGUCCGGGGCCUGCUGGCGGCGUGGCCAUGGCAGAGGUGCCCGAGGAGGAGCGACUCUUCCUGCGGCAGCACCCGCUCCUCUGCCUCGGGGAGCACGGCAAGGUGCGGUGCAGGCUGACAGGCCACGAGUUGCCCUGUCGGCUGUCGGAGCUGCAGGCUUACACCAACGGCAAGAAGUAUCAGCGGCUGCUCAAGACAGCCAGAGAGUUUGACUAUGGCAACUUCGAGCCCCACAUAGUGCCCAGCACCAAGAAUCUACACCAGCUGUUCUGCAAGCUCACUCUCAGGCACAUCAACAAGUUCCCAGAGCAUGUCCUGCGCCACGUCCAAGGGAAGCGCUACCAGAAGGCCCUGAAAAGAUAUGAGCAGUGCCAGAAGGAUGGGCUGGAGUUUGUCCCUGCCUGCUUGCGGCAGAAGAAGCAGCAGAGGACGCAGCAGCCUGAGGAGCAGAUGAAUGGAAGCAGGAGGCCUUCUGGAAAAGAGGAAUUCUGGGAGCCAGGGUCCAGUGCUGAGGAUGGAGAGGAGACAGAUGACAGCAUGAGUGACCUGUACCCACCUGCACUCUUCCCAGAAAAAAGCCCAGCAGCUGCACAGGCCACAAGGGGCAGCGACGACUACACAAUGGACAGCGAGGACGAUGGGGUCCAGCAGAACGGCGACGUGAAUGGAGGGCACAGUGGAAGGGCAGGUGCCAGCAGAGCAGCUGGCAGCAAAAGGGGAAAGAAGCAGUCAGGCCCUUCAAAGAAGAGGUUCAAGAGUCACCAUCGGAAGCCCAAGAACUUCAAGAAAACAAGCAAUGGCAAAUAAACUUUAUGAGCAAUGA